ACAUGAACCGUCAGCAAGCUCUGUUCGUCGUCUCCUUCCUUUCAACCUUAACUGUCCUUGUACUUGGCUUUCAUUGGCUGCGAGUACAGCUAAGGGAAGCUGGUUACGACGUCUCACGACUUAUACUUAUUGGAUUAGAACCAAAAUUCGAUACCAACCAGUUGCCUGAUCAUACCAGCAACACUCUAAUGGCGUUCGGAAUCGACAGUUCAUACACACAAGUGAUCGCUUUGGCACUCGCGGUCGCCAGCAGCGUGUUCAUUUUUGUCAAAUUCGGCUCUUCAUCGAAACGAAAGCCAGUACUAAACCCCCAGGUUUGGAAAGAGUUCUCACUCAAGGAAAAGAUCGUCAUCUCGCCCAAUACCGCCAUCUACCGGUUUGCCCUGCCUCACCCGCAGGAUGUCCUUGGCCUCCCCAUUGGACAGCACAUUUCGGUCUCUGCAGAGAUCAACGGAAAGGACGUCAUGCGUAGCUAUACCCCGACUAGCAGCGAUGAUGACCUCGGCCACUUCGACCUUCUCAUCAAAUCAUAUGAAAAGGGCAACAUUUCGCGCUACGUCUCUCUUCUUAAGAUCGGUGACAAGGUCCGCAUUCGUGGCCCGAAGGGUGCUUUCAAGUAUACCCCCACGCUGUCUCGCGAGAUCGGUAUGAUUGCGGGUGGUACCGGUAUUACGCCCAUGCUGCAGAUCAUCCGUGCCGCCUUGAAGAACCCCGAAGACAAGACGAAGCUCAGCCUUAUCUACGCCAAUGUCAGCUUUGAGGACAUUCUUCUUAAAAAGGAGCUCGAUGCUCUCGCUGCAGCCCACCCCAAGCGUUUCCAGGUUUACUAUGUGCUCAACACUCCUCCGCAAGGUUGGAAUGGUGGCACAGGUUUUGUAACCAAGGACCAGAUCGAAAAACACAUGCCUCCGUCAAACCACGAUAUCAAGGUCCUUAUGUGUGGUCCACCACCGAUGAUCACCGCCAUGAAAAAACAUCUUGCGGAGCUCAAUUACUCUGCUCCUCGCACGAUCAGCAAAUUGGAGGACCAGAUCUUUGCUUUCUAGACACGUUUUGGUUUGCCUUGAAUAGAUUUGUCAAUGUAAUCGAUCUAAUACAAUUGGCACUUGAUUUGACACU